GCGUAUACAUAGCGAACAUGCAGUCCGGGUCCAGCAGUUGGAAUUUUGCACAUCUAUUACAGAUAAGGUCUGCCAAUCGGCCCGAGCGCUAUGAUUACGGCGAUCCGGACACUAAUCUGGCCCGACAUGAGACCCCUGAGCCGCCACCGUAUGACUUGUCGGCCAUCAACUCAACACAUGUGGCCCUCAUAUAUACGGCCAACGAUUGGCUCAAUCCGUUGGACGACGUGCAACGGCUCAAAGAGCAUUUAAAAGUUAAAUUACUGGAUGACUAUCAAGUGCCGGAUGAGACGUGGAAUCAUAUGGAGCUGGUGUGGGCAGUAGAAACGGGACAGUUGGUCAACCCCCGUGUAUUAAAUAUAUUGAAAAAAGUGCAUGAUAAUGAAAAUGCUAUUGAUAAUACUAAAACUAAUAAUACCACUAAUAGGAUUGCU